AUGACAGUGAAGCCCGUUUACACGCCGCCCCCAGGUCUUCGGACUGCCUUGGAGGACUUCCAGACUUAUGUGAACAGGAGAUAUGGUCUGCGUCUGCAGACGUACGAGGACUUGCAUGCAUUCUCCAUCAACCGACUGAAUGACUUCUGGAUGGCACUGUGGCGGUUUCUUGACAUCAAAGCAUCUGUCCACCCUAAAGUUGCUGUGGAUGAGAACAUCCCCAUCGACCAGUUCUCGCUGUUCUUCCAGCAGGCGAGACUCAACUUUGCAGAGAACAUGCUGUGUGGCGACGGCGAUCGGAUUGCUGUCAUCGAUGUCAACGAGGAGAAUUUGUCGAGUCCGCGACGAUAUACGUGGCGAGAUCUCAGAGACUUGGUCAGAACGUAUGCGAACGCACUGCGUCGGGCUGGCGUGGCAGAGGGAGAUGUUGUUGCUUUAAUAGGAAGUAACUGCACCAGGUCGUUGGCUUUACUACUGGCUACGGCGGCUGUGGGCGGUAUUUUUGCAUCAUUUGCAACUGAUGUUGGGGACAAGGCACUCAACGAUCGACUCAGCCAGAUCGAACCUCGCGUGGUUUUCGCCGAGUCAGAAUAUUCAUACAAUGGGAAAUGCGUCAACAUCACGGCAAAGGUCGAUGGCUGGACAAGCAAAGUCUCAAGUCCACUGAAGCUGGUCGUGAUAGGAGACACGGCGGGCUUCAAAACAAAGUGUGAGAGCCUCGAGGCUUUCAUUGGCGGCACCGACUGUCAAUCACCCCUCACCUUUGCGCAAGUCCCCUUCAAUACGCCUCUGGUCAUCAUGUUCUCUUCUGGUACGACAGGGACUCCAAAGGGCAUUGGUCUGCUUUUGAACGGCUUCAAGGAGCACCGCCUCCACAACAGCUUCGGCCCACAGGAUAUACACUUCCAUUUCAGUGGUCAGAUUGGGUGGACGUUGUGGAACAUAUCGAUAGGCGCACUUUUCUGCAAAACCACAAUGGUCCUGUAUGAUGGAUCACCAUUCUAUCCCUCCCCGGAGGAGUUCCUUCAGGGCGUUUUGGCAACAGGUAUCACGGGGUUUGGCGCCGGCCCGCGUUAUUAUGCUGAGCUGCAGAAGAGGAAUGUGACGCCCAGAAAAUACGCUCAAAAUGUUCACACCAUCUUCUCCACUGGCGCGGUGCUCACGCCAAGUCUAGCAUCAUGGCUAGGAGAAGCGUUCGGCCCUGUGUGCCAGAUCCAGUUCUCAGGGGGCACUGAGCUGUGCGGCUCCUUUAUUCAUGGAACGCGCUCUCUCCCAUCGUAUCCCGGAGAGGUCGCUGUCAAGGCAUUGGGUAUGGAUAUUGCUGCAUAUUCGCCAGACGGGGUCGAAGUCCCUGAUGGAGAAAGCGGCGAGCUAGUCUGCAGGAAACCAUUUCCCAAUAUGCCCGCCAUGUUCUGGAAGGAUCCUGGGAAGAAGCGGUAUUACAGUGCCUACUUUGACAUGUUCCCCCAUGUAUGGACACAUGGCGACUUCAUCAAAGUCAAUCCUGUGACAAAGGGGACUUAUGUGUUGGGAAGAAGUGAUGGUACUCUGAACCCGUCUGGCGUCCGCUUCGGCAGUUCAGAAAUCUACAACAUUCUUUCUUCACCGCGCUUCACGUCGUCGAUAGUCGACUCGGUGGUCGUGGGCCAGCAACGCAGCACCGCGCCCUACUCAGACACCACCGAGCGCGUUCUCCUCUUCAUCAAAUGUCGGGAAGGCGUGUCUUCCAACCACAUCCUCCCAAACAAAGAACUGGAGAGCCGCAUCCGCGAUCAAAUCGCCAAGGAUCUCAGCAGGAGACACGUCCCGGCUCACAUCUUUGAGGUCAAGGAGAUUCCCUACAAUGCCAAUGGAAAGAAGAUGGAGAUCCAGGUCAAGGCUGUGGUGAAUGGUGGGGCGCAGGCCAAGACGAAGCAGAGACUCAGUCCGCAGGAGCUGGCUAUGCUUGAGCAGUUUGAGCCGUUCUUCCACCUGGAGAAGCUGCUGAAGAGGCUCGAUGGGACUGCUGCGAGACUGUAA